GAAGUGAUGCUUCGCCUGGUCGUGGUCGCUCUGCUCAUCGGCUUCUGUGCCGGAGCCGGGGAGCAGACAAGAAGGAAAGUGGUGAAAGACAAGUCCCUAUCAAGAGGAUGGGGGAGAAAUAUUACCUGGGUGACGGAUUAUGAAGAGGGCCUGUUGGUUAUGGCCACCAGUAAGAAGCCGCUGAUGGUCAUUCAUCACCGAGAGGACUGCCCGUACAGCGAAGCACUGAAGAAGGCGUUCGUGGCUGAGAAGUACAUCCAGAAAAUGGCCAAACAGAACUUCAUCAUGGUCAACUUGGUGGAGGAGACUCAGGACGAGAAUAUGUCCCCCGAUGGCCACUAUGUUCCUAGAAUACUCUUCGUCGAUCCGUCCAUGAGAGUGCGCGUAAACAUUGUAGGAAAGUACGAUAACCGCCUCUACACGUACGAGCCUGCUGACAUGGAAAUAUUGGCCCAAAACAUGAAGAAAGCCAAAGUCCUGCUGCACACUGAGCUGUAG